AAAGGCCCAUAGCGCAAUCGGGGGACGGGCCGGGAGCGACUGUCGCUCGCGAUGGGGGACUACUUCCUAGAUGUGGUGCUGCAGAAGAGCAGCGCGGAGCUCUUCAAGGAGCUCUACAGGCUGUAUCCCCUGGCAGAGGUGGAGGAUUACUUCAAGGCUGGGCGCUGGCAGACUGAAGUCAUGAGGAUGGACAUCCAGGCCUUCCACGCCCACCGGGAGGAGGCGGGCGCCCCCCCGGAGCCCUGAGCGCUCGAGGAGCUGAAGCUGCCGCCUCUGCCGCCGAGCCGGUGGCAGUGGCGCCGCUGGCCAAGCCGGGCGCCGCAGUGCUGACGCCGCCGGCGCCCAAGGUCCCGAGCGUGCAGGUCUCCCUGCCCUUGGCAGAGCUUCAGCACCUGCUGAAGUUCGUGAACGAGAAGAAUCUCAACCUCAGCUGGGCCAAGGGCACUUUGGCGCCCCUGCCGUUGAAGCUCCGCCUGAAGGUCAUGGAGGGCUUCGAGGUGAAGGAGGGCGAUCCUUACAAGCAGCUGGAGGACUUCAUCGAGUCCCAGCGUGCGGCGCUGGCGGCCGAGCCAGAGGUUCGCGAAGCUCCGGCCCCGGCCGGACCGCUUCUCACGCCUCCGACGCCGCCCCCGACGCCGGCGCCGGCGUUAGCAGAGGCGCUGCAGGCGGCCAAGGCGACCCCGGCGAAGGGCGGCGCGGCUCCGGCAGAGUGCAAGGCGCCACACAUGCCGGCGCCCAGACUGGGGAAGGCGCAGGUGCCCCAGGUGGUGCCGGUGCCGCAGAGGGCACCUAGCGCUGGCUUCGGGGGCCCGAUGAGGCCGCCGCAGGUGGUGCCGGUGCCAGCCAAACCGCAGGCGCCAAGCGCGCCGCAGCAGCCGCGGGCGCCACACGUGGUGCCGGUGCCGAAGUUCGCGACUUCCAAGGCAUCAGCGUCGCCCAUGAUGGUGGCACCCAAGCGGGUUCAGCCCAUGUGGCCCCAGCCAGACGCCAAGCGCCCGCGCCCGCCGCCGGCGCCCGCGGUGCCGGGGCCAGUGAGAACCUGGUGGUGAGCUGCACGUAGGCCGCUUCCCUGAGUGGCAGGAGGCCAAAAAGGAUCCUAGGCGUGGGAAUUUCCUGGCCGCCUAUGUGUCUUGUUUUGAAGAAGCUGUA